AUGGAUAGUGAUGUCGAAGAUGAUAAUUCAUUCGAUGAUCCUGAAUUUGAAAGUAUUAUCAAAGAUGUCGAGAGAGCCAUUGAUCAAGACAUUUACCCCGAGAGAAUAUCGCAAGGAAGCAGUGGCAGUUAUUUCGUCCGCAAUACCAACAGGGAUAUCGUUGGAGUUUUUAAACCUAAAAAUGAAGAACCCUACGGUCCCAUGAAUCCGAAAUGGAUUAAAUGGUUUCAUAGGUCAUGUUGUCCUUGUUGCUUUGGUAGAGCAUGUCUUGUACCUAACCAGGGUUACUUAUCUGAAGUUGGCGCUAGCAUCGUAGAUGCAAAAUUAAAUUUAAAUGUCGUCCCAACUACCAAGGUGGUUAAGCUAGCUAGCAAGACUUUCAAUUAUUCAAAGCUGAACAAGGCGUGGACCAGAACAGUACGCUUUACAUCAGAAAAACUUCCUGAAAGUCUCGGCAAGCGUGUUAAACACGGCUUGCCACGAAAAGCGGGAUCGUUUCAGCGAUUUGUCCAUAAUUAUAAAGAUGCUGACUUCCAUUUGAGAAGAUUCGAAGCUGAACCAUUACCGGAAGAAACAGCCAAAGAAUUUCAGUUAUUGUUUGAGAAAUUAGUGGUUUUAGAUUAUAUUAUUAGAAAUACUGAUCGUGGCAACGGAAAUUGGUUAAUAAAAUAUGAUAAAUUCGAACUAGAAGAGCACGAAGGGGAAGAGGAAGCUGACGAAUGUAUAGUAGUAUCAGUUCCACAUAUUUCUAUUGCUGCUAUCGACAAUGGACUUGCAUUUCCAUAUAAACACCCGGAUUCAUGGAGAGCUUAUCCCUUCCACUGGGCCUGGCUUCCUCAAGCUAAACUUCCCUUUUCGGAAGAAACUAAAAACUUGGUGCUAGCCAAUCUAUCGGAUAUGAAUUUUGUUCAAGAACUUACUGACGAUUUAUACGCGGUUUUUAAGCAAGAUAAAGAUUUUUCUAAAAAUACCUUUGACAAGCAGAUGGCAGUAAUGAGAGGACAGAUUUUAAAUUUGGUACAAGCAUUACGGGAAGGUAAAUCACCUUUGCGGCUAGUGCAAAUGCCAGUAAUAACCGUGGAAAAAAAGAGAUCGCUUUCAGGACAUAAAAGGACUAUUAGCGAUAGUUUCACCCAAAGCUUUCAGGAUAAAGUUCCCUUUUUUUCGUGGUGUUAA